CUGGACCUUACUUGACUAGGAAGAAAUUUAAUGGAAUCAGCGAAGAAGUUUCCUGUUUGGCUUCAAAUUACCUAACUGGUCGUCAAUGGUCUCUUAAUGCUUGCAAGUUAAUGGUCAUUUUUUAUUUAUUAUUUUUGCUUGGUAGCUUCUUACCGGGUCAUUGUUUAAUGAAAAAAGUUGACUCGGUGAAAAAAGGUGACUUUUGAAUUUUCCAUCAAGAGAAGAAUAAAAUUGAAAAAAAGUUGGCUUAAAUUGGCAUUCUGAGAGUCAUCUAAUCCAUCCUUCUUCAGAGUUUUCUAACAGGGUAACACAGUGUGGCAAAGAUGACUGUAUUUAGCAAUGGGUCAGAAACGGCAAAUUUGGUGGCGAGCUCUGGCCUCCUCCAACAAUUAUGGACUGCAAAUUGGAACCUUUAUGGAAACAAUGAUCCAAAUGAACGUCUUAGAUUCCAAGUUUACUCACAAGAAAACUACAACAUCUUGGCUUUUGUUACUUCCCCUUUGACACUUCAAGCAGAUCAGGCAGAUUUAGCUUCCUUAUCAACAUUAAAGGAGAAAUUUCCUGUCUUCGAAUUACUAUGCAGCAAAAACAACCCGACUUUCGCCAUUAACAAAGCUACAAUUUUACUCUUUGCUUCCUAUCAUAACAUACUUUCUGAGCUGAAAAAUGAGCUUUGCAAAGGCCCCCCAUAUAAACCAUUGAUUAUCACUGGACACUCUCUGGGAGGCUCAAUUGCUUCACUCUUCACCUUAUGGAUGUUGAACAGCAUGGACUUAUCAAAAACCAAACGCCCACUUUGCAUCACUUUUGGUUCACCUCUUAUUGGUGACCACUGCCUACAUAAAGCCAUCUUUCAAUCCCAAACAUGGAAGUCUUGCUUCCUGCAUGUAGUCACUAACCAAGAUCCAGUACCCAGAAUCCUCCUACACCACAAACCUGCCCAUCAAAAAGGUGUCUACAAACCAUUUGGGACAUUCCUUAUCUGUUGUGAAUCAGGGUCUGCUUGUUUUGAGGAUCCUGAUUCCAUUCUGGAAUUGUUGGCCGCAACUGCCUCGCAUGGUGCUCAGAGUCAAAAUCCUUAUCAAGCCAUGCCUUCGGUUGAUUAUGGACCAGUGGUGGAAAAUCUUUACCAUCGGACCUUUUGCAAGGGUGCCACAGAGUUGGUUGAUUGGGCUAAGCAACCAUUUGAAGUUGGCAUUAUUAGACAACUCCAAGCAAUAGGAGUUGCUCAACCGCAGCAGCAGCAGAACAUAGACAUAAUAAAUCUGAUAAAGCGGGAAAAGCAACUAGUUUCAAAGACGAAGUUAUUUGAUCCCUCAAAGAAGUUGAAUGAUAUGAAAAUAUAUAUGGUCUACCUGGAAUGGUACAAGAAAUUGUCUAAAAAUGACAAAACUGGAUAUUAUGACAGCUACAAAGAAAAGAAGGGUACGUGUGAAUUUAAUGUUGAAGUGUUCAAGAAAGAACUUACAAAUUACUGGAAAGACAUGGUUAAAGAAGCAGAAAAUAAGCCCCAGAAGGAAGGAGCCUCCUUUCGGAUUCGUUGGCUAGGUGCAGGAACAAACUACAGAAGGAUGGUUGAAUCACUUGACAUCGCUGAGUACUACAAGGAAAACAAACUCAACUAUGAAACUCAAGGAAGAUCUCAUCAUUACAUCAGAUUGGAGGCAUGGCUGAAAGAAUGGGAGGAAUUGCUGAAAGAAGAAAAUAAUUCAGGAGGCAAACAAAAUAACUCAAAGAAGGAAAGUGUAGCUUCAAUUCUGACAAUAGAUUCAUGUUUCUGGGCAAAAGUUGAGGAAGCUAUCAUUUUAUGCAAUUUGCUGAAGACAGAAAAAUUUGGUGCUGAAGAGAAAGUGAAGAAGUUGAAAGAUUUUGAGAGCUAUGUGUGGGGUUUGCUGACUAACUACGAAGUAUCCUCUGAGAUAUUCUUAACUGGAAGCAGCUUUAUGAAGUGGUGGAAAGAUUGGAAAGCUUAUAAGAAAACUUUGGGAAGCUCCUUUACCUCACCACUCGACGACUUCAUGGAAUCUCGGGAAUAUGUAGACUAUGAUGGUGGUAACUGGUCUCCACCUAUUUAUACUCGACCAUUUUAAGUUCAUAUCUGAUUAUUGUUAUCUGCCACUGUCCCCUGCCUCUCACCCUAUCGAGUUUGAGAUUUUUACCCACAUUUGAGCCAUUGUGUUUGCAUCCCCGACUAGUAAUGUAUUUUCACUUUCCCUCUUUCUGGAUGUAAAAAAUAUGAAAGAUCUGCUUUUAUUCACCUCUUUUUAAUAAUAUUCAUGCAGAAAAUGGAUGAUUAUGUUUCUUUGUUAAUUUCCUUCGCAUGUCAGGUUACAGAGUUACUAUUUACUUGUAUCAAUGCAAUAAAACAAGUGUUGAAUGUCUCUAAAUUCAUGUGCUUGAAGCUUGAUGGCGUUGGUUUGAUGUGUAAUGGUGUUUUGGAGAGGUAGAAUUGGAGGAGGCAACAAGGGAGUUUCAAAGAGACUAGGUAAAAAUUGGAUCGGCACAAAGCCGCCGCCCUGACUUUAUGGUUUUUGGGUGCUGAAAUGACAAGUUUGCUCCUCUUUAGUAAUAUAUCUUUUUGGGGAUUCAAGGUAGGGGUUUAUUAUGUGAGCGAAACCCUGUUUUAGUGAGAGAGAGAGUGUUUUCUUUGGAAGCCAUUGUUGGAGACCAAGUCAAGCUUGUAUUUUUUCAAGAUUAAUGAAAGAUACUCUUCCUUACUUA